CACCUUAUUUUUAAAAGAGAUGGCAUUUUAAUGUAAUCUUGAAAAGCAAUUAUAAUUGUAAAAGCAGUUCAUUUUCUCUGGCUGAUAUUUUAGAUUAAGUCAAUGCUAUAUUACAUUAAGUCAGAAAAUCCUAAAAAAUUUCCAUUACACUCAUUUUUAUAUUAACUUUUUUUCCCCAAAUAAUAUCUGGUAUUUCCAGCAUGAGAAAUUGUUAUAGAUGAUAAAAAAUGCUCCAUCUCUGGGGAUUUGGACAAGUCCAAUAGGAGCCUACUUAUUUUGAACUGGCUUCCCAUUUAUGAUUAGAAUGGUAUCCCAAGAUUCCUUUCUUGUCUACAUCACAUAAAUUGAAAUCUUAAGUGAGUUUGCAACUUGAGGCUGUAUUACAGCUUUGCCAAAGCAUUCUCUUUUUUUCUGAGGAAUUUAGAUUGGCACCCUUUUUGAAAAAAAAUUCUUUGCUUGGACUUCAUAAAUAGAACUUAUUUCUUUACUUGAAAUAGUUGUCAUUGAUACAUUAGUUAAGAAAAGGAAGAAUGGAUCUAUAGGACCAGAUUGCUAAAGAAAUGCUGUACUAAUUGAAAAUCUCAAAGCUUGAUGUAAACAUUCUAUGACAUAACAGUAGCAACUUUAACAAGUGCUUCUUUAUAAAUCAUUACCAUGUUUUUGUUUUUUAAGAGACUGCCUUUUGAUAGAAAGGUCUUGGCACACAGAAAAAGGUUUCAUGUAAUAAUAAAAACAGUUGGGAAAAAACACCUUAAUGUAUAACAGAAAGGAAUUUAUAAGAAUUCCACUUUAUUUUUAUUAUAUAAAACAUGACGAAAGAGGCAAAAACAGAGACAUUUGUAUUGAGACUUUGAUCUAAGACUUGUGAAAUAUAUAGAUUUUUUAUCAGUGCUUUUAAAUGUUUGGAAUAAAUACAUUAUCGAAAUAAUUAACUUUUAAAUUUAGCAUUAUAAGCCAUUAGCAGUAUAAAAUGUAACAGUGAUAAGAAACUGUAAAAAGGCAAUUUUAAAUUUUAUUUUUCAUCAUAAUAUUCACUCAAAUGGUAGAGUUCCAUCCGUUCAGUGUUUAGUUACAAGUAUCCCAAUUAGCAAACUGCAAAGAUCCUAAAUGUGUGAGAAGAACCUUUUCUCCUAAAAUGAUUAUAAAUUAGCCUAGUAAAGAUCAAAUCUCAUUCAUACACUUGCUCAUGUAGAACUUUAUGAAAAGGUAGAGUUCUUAGAGUGCUGGAAAAUUCCUUCACUCCAAUUUCUACUGGAAUCACCAUAAAGAGGCGAUUUGAAUAAGAAUUUAGUUCAUUUGUAAAUUGGACUUUUUUUUCUUAUGACUUACUAUAAGUUAGCAAGAGGUCAAUUUAUUUUCCAUACCUGUAGUCAGGUAAAAAUCAAGAAAGAUUAAAAAGCAUUGGCUCUGCUCCUUUCCAGAAGGGGUAAAACAACAAAAAAAAUCUUUGUUAAAAUGUUUUAAAAGUGGUUAUACGGCAGCUCCCCAAAUAAAUGUGUUGGUAGCUGCUAUUAGAAGUGAGUGUGUGCUGACAGAGUGCUUCCACUAAGUAAUUCACACACAGCUGUUUAUCCAGAUAGCAAGAGGCUCGUUCAUUUACAUAAUAAAUUUUUCUAAAGCUGCAAGAUUGAGUCAGACAGAAGAGUGCUCAUUUCAAUUGUUACAUUUAAACCAAUAAGGUUAGGACAAGAGAAUAGCUGUGGUUUGCGUUGCAAAAACAAAACCAAAAAAAAAAAAGCCCUUAGGCUACAUGGGCAGACCUACAAGACUGAGCAAACAAAUAGGAGGGAUGAAGAUUCUGCUGUUUCUUUGUCUAAGGAUCUUAGAUAUUAUCUGCUGCUGUUUAGUGGGGGGUUAGGGGGAGGAGAAGCCCACAGCUCAAAGCUGUGACUAAAUAGAACAGUGGGAACUGAUGGCUCAGGGGUUGGUGCUAGAUACAAAGUCUCUAGUACCACUUCCGACUUUAAGUCUUCCUGUUAAAGUCCACUGUGGUGGUUUUCUUCGUCGAGGAACCGUUUUCUCGCAGACACUCGGCAGUCAGAGCCUACAGCAGCAAUCUGGGAGCUUUGCCUUUAGCUUGGGUUUGCCCUCCAGGGACGCUGCACUUCUGGUAUUGGGCUCCACUGAGAACUUCUAAAAAUCACCCACACGGUCGUCAGCACUAAGCUCUACCUUCCCCAGGAAUCCAAACAUGCACCGAGCGGAGAUUUGUUAAACCAGAGAACGGGGGGAGAGGAGGACUGAAAGUAGUGGAUCAGCAUACGGGAGCGCUGUGCAAAAAUCUCAAACCAGUUCAGAUGUUGCUGUUUCCUCAAGUUGCAGGUCUAUGGAAAUGCAGGAUCUAACCAGCCCACAUAGCCGACUAAGUGGUAGUAGUGAAUCCCCCAGUGGUCAAAAGCUUGAUAACGCUCAUAUAAAUAGCAGUUCCAUGACACCCAAUGGCACAGAAGUUAAAACAGAGCCAAUGAGCAGCAGUGAGAUUGCUACAACAGCAGCAGACGGGUCGUUAGACAACUUCUCAGGAUCAGCAAUUGGAAGUAGUGGCUUCAGCCCAAGACAAACACAUCAGUUUUCCCCACCACAGAUAUAUCCUUCCAACAGACCAUACCCACAUAUUCUCCCUACCCCUUCCUCACAAACUAUGGCUGCAUAUGGGCAAACACAGUUUACCACAGGAAUGCAACAGGCUACAGCAUAUGCUACAUACCCACAGCCAGGACAGCCAUAUGGAAUCCCCUCGUAUGGUGCAUUGUGGGCAGGCAUCAAGACAGAAGGUGGAUUGUCCCAAUCCCAGACACCUGGACAGACAGGAUUUCUAAGCUAUGGUACAAGCUUUAGCACUCCUCAACCUGGACAGGCACCAUACAGCUACCAAAUGCAAGGUAGCAGUUUUACAACCUCAUCAGGACUUUAUACAGGAAAUAAUUCUCUCACAAAUUCUUCUGGAUUUAAUAGCUCACAGCAGGAAUAUGCAUCUUAUACCAGCUUUGGCCAGGGUCAGUAUGCACAGUAUUAUAAUAGCUCACCGUACCCUUCACAUUACAUGACAAGCAGCAACACCAGUCCAACAACACCUUCUACAAAUGCGACAUACCAGCUUCAAGAACCACCAUCUGGCAUCACCAGUCAAGCAGUCACAGAUCCCACUGCAGCAGAGUACAGUACAAUCCACAGUCCAUCAACACCUAUUAAAGAUUCAGAUUCAGAUCGAUUGCGCCGAGGUUCAGAUGGGAAAUCACGUGGGCGGGGCCGAAGAAACAAUAACCCUUCACCACCACCAGAUUCUGACCUUGAGAGGGUAUUCAUCUGGGAUUUGGAUGAGACAAUCAUCGUUUUCCAUUCCUUGCUUACUGGGUCCUAUGCUAACAGAUAUGGAAGGGAUCCACCUACUUCUGUUUCACUUGGACUUAGAAUGGAAGAAAUGAUUUUCAACUUGGCAGACACACAUCUGUUCUUUAACGAUUUAGAAGAAUGUGAUCAAGUUCACAUAGAUGAUGUCUCUUCUGAUGAUAAUGGCCAAGACCUAAGCACAUAUAACUUUGGAACGGAUGGUUUUCCUGCUGCAGCGACCAGUGCUAAUCUGUGCUUAGCAACUGGUGUACGAGGAGGAGUAGAUUGGAUGAGAAAGUUGGCCUUCCGCUACAGAAGAGUAAAAGAAAUCUAUAACACCUACAAAAACAAUGUUGGAGGUCUUCUUGGUCCUGCAAAAAGAGAAGCUUGGCUCCAGUUAAGGGCAGAAAUCGAAGCUCUAACAGAUUCCUGGUUAACACUUGCACUGAAAGCCUUAACUCUGAUUCACUCUAGGACAAACUGUGUGAAUAUUUUAGUAACAACCACUCAACUUAUUCCAGCCUUGGCGAAAGUCCUGCUGUAUGGAUUAGGAGUUGUGUUUCCAAUCGAAAAUAUUUACAGUGCAACAAAAAUAGGAAAGGAAAGCUGUUUUGAGCGAAUAAUUCAAAGGUUUGGAAGAAAAGUUGUAUAUGUUGUAAUAGGAGAUGGUGUUGAAGAAGAACAAGGAGCAAAAAAGCAUGCAAUGCCAUUUUGGAGGAUCUCAAGCCACUCUGACCUUAUGGCCCUUCAUCAUGCCUUAGAACUGGAGUACCUGUAGCAGCCUGAGAGCACUUUGAAAUUCCCCCACAUCCUAAUGUCCAUGGACAGUAUACAGGAGGCUUACGUCUUGUGACAACAUUGGACUACGGAACAUUGUGGUUUCUACAUGCAUAUAUGCAGCUGAGAUUGGUCUUAAACUAUACUCUUUCAGUAAACGGAGGACCACGCCUUUUCCUUCAGAACAGCUGUCGAUUCUAGUACUGUGAAUCCAAUGGGAAAAAGACAACAGCCAUGAGAAUGUCCUAACCAUGUGUCUCUGCCACAUUAGCUACCCGGUUCAAACCUGUGAAGGAAGAAAGACCCUAAAAAUGCUUUCAUUUGUAGCAUCUUCAAUGUGACACAAACUGCUUCUUCAGUAGAACAAACUUGAUUGCACAAUGAAGACUGGGAUUAUUUUGUUUUAUUUUUUCCUUUCUCGGUACCAAUGGAGUAAUUUUCUUGUAAAGAAGGUUGACUUUGGGGUGUCUCCUACCCAGGGUACUCUGUACAUCUCUACUUAUUUAUGAACAGACUGUGUUUUUGACAUCAAGAAAAUGGAAGGACAUUUGAUGGGAGUUAGGUGCUUUCAGACCUCAGCCUUCUGAUAGACACAGCAAGUACUUGGAGUUUAGCACAUUGCGAAGUAGUUUAAAGUAUGUCUAAUUUAAACAGAUGUGUACAUCACUGAGACAAUCAUGUACAGGAAGAAUUUUUUGUGUAAAUUUGUAAUAAUGGAUGAUUCUUUUACAUAUUGUUUAGGGAGAUGCUAUUGAAAGGUAGAAAUGCCUUGAUAGUGAAGUUUAAGAGGCAACAUGGGCAUAAUGUCUCAUGAUGCACCUUAUCAGAGGGUUGGGUAUAAAUAUGUAGAUAAUGGAUUUUUUUUUAGAUAAAUUUGUCAAGACCAAAAGCAUGGAUGUCAAGUGUCAAUCAGGAUUUUGUUUUUCUAGCUGUUUUCUUUCUGUCGGUUCUUCUGCCUAAAUGAAAAGGGCCCAUUUGGACAUCAUAAUUUAAAAUGACAUAGCCACAGCCCCAAAAGAUUUGAAGAAGGAAAGCUAACAUCUUCCUUUUUCAAUUUUGGCACUAAUGUAUUAUAUGUAGUUACUUGAAAAAAAUAAUCAAAUGCCUCAUCCCACAGAAAGAAUGUAGAGGCUAAAUAUAUUUUAUUAAAAUGCUUCAUGGGCUGGAGUCUAGCAAACUUUUCAUGUAUUCAGAAAAUCAGAAUCAUUCUGGUGUCUGCAUUCUUUUGUUAAGAAAGCAAAGGAAAUACUAUAAUUUUGUAGAACUGAGCAAAAAUCUAUAGCCAAUCCUUGCUUUCUCUUUCCUUUUGGUUUUUUCUCUCCCUUCCUCUCUUCUCUUUUUCUCUCCUUCAUUCCUCAACCCUCUCCUUUCUUCUUUUGUUUGCCCCAAUUAUUGUCCAAGAGCAAGAUCUAUUGCCAACAAUGGACAUACCAAAAUUAUUUUCACCUGGAAGCUACUGUUUCUUUCUAUAUACAUUGUGAUUAGACAUAUACCUCUGGAAUGCAGGGGUUGUCAUAUUUCUCUACAUGGAAGGCAAUUUCUGCCUCAGAAUUCAGUUUUUCAGUAAGCUCCUUUUCUUGACCUAUAUUUUAUUCUUUCCCUUAAAUCACUCUUUUGAUGAAUUGAUCUCCUCUAAUUCCUUGAAAAAAGCACCAGCUCACCCGGGAAGCUAAAGAGCACAUCCAUCCACUUACUGAGGAUUCAUAAUGCUGCUACUAAAAUUAGUCAUUUAUGGAUUUCCCAAAUUUCUUAAUUACAAACCAUAUACUCUUUACUUUUUGCUUGAAGCAAAGACAGACUGGCAGAUCUUUUUUUUUUUAAUCUUGCCUUUUCUUUUCAUGUUCCUUUAAUCAGUAUGGAGACCAGGAGAAAACAGCUUUUAUUUCUGGGCCUUAUUGUAUUAAAAAAAAAAGGUGUGUUGUGUCCACAAAUGUGUACAGGAUUUUUCUUCAUUAAUUUUGUGUUUAAAUUAAUAAAAUUGAUUUGUGAAAUACUAAA